AUGGAAAAAUAUAAAAAUUAUAAAACAUCAGAAGGAGAUAAGCAGGCUGGAUCGGAAUCAGAUGCAAGCCUAUGUAGCGAUGUAUCAAGGACAGCUUCUAAGUCUGGAGGUCGCUCCCGUGGAGCGAAAAAGAGACGUAUGACAAAAUCAAUAUCGUCCAGCGACAAUGAAGCUUUUUUAAAAGAGACGAAUUCUGAGACAGGAAAAGAGGUGACAACAUUAAUGGAUAAUUCUGGAGAGUUCGUAGUGCCAGGGCCUGAGGAAGCUCUUAGUAUGGCUGAGAGGCAAGUGGAACAAAUGGUUUGUGCUGCCAAUCAAAAACGAACUGCCUUGGGGCUACCUAAUUUAGUCGGAGAUGACAACCGUUCGGCAUUGGCUCUCAACCAACAGGUUCUCGACGAUAUCCUUGCCUUGCUAGCCUCGGUAUCGAAUCUCUGCAGUACCGACAAGCGGCCACUGGAGCUCGCAUUUUAG